AUGAAGGUCUUUAUCCUCGCCUGCCUUGUGGCACUUGCUCUUGCAAAGGAGACAUCCAAUAGCCCUUCCAGCAAUUUAUGUAUGGAUUAUUUUUAGCAGAAACUUGAGAAGGCUAAACUUGUGGGACAGCUUCAAGGAGAGGAUGCACUCCAGGAUAAAGUCCACCCCUCCUUCCAGCCACAGACUCUAGCCUUUCCUUAUGCUCAGCCCAUACCUUGCACUCCCCUUGCUCAAAACAUCCUCCCUUUUCCUCUGCCUGCUCUGGUACCUUCUGUUGGGCCUGUCAUUUCUCCUGAAAUAGAACAAAUCCUUAAAGCUAAAGCUACCUUUCCUAAGCACAAGCAGAUGCCCUCUCUUAACUCUCAAACAGUGAUCCACCCCUACAACCCUCAAAUCCCCAGUCUCACUGAUCUGGUAAAUCAGCACCUUCCUCAGUCUCUGGUUCAGUCCUUGGUACAUCAAGCUCUUCAAGCUCUUCCUCAGACUACUGCGGUUCCUACUCAACUCCAGCAGGCUCUUCCUCAGACCAAAGCUCUGUACUUUCUCCAGCAAGUGGCACCCUUUUUCCCAAGAGAUAUGCCAGUUGAGGCCUUUCAGCAGUACCUGGAUGUUCUGCUCAAUCCUGCCGGGCAGUUCCCUGCGGCUCAACCAGUUGGCCCUGCUGUUGUAAGUCUAGAUGAAAAGCAAUUAUUACAUAGUUUAUUAAUUGAUGAACUUCAACAUUAG